AACAACACGAGUGCUGAUAAUCAGGAGGGGCGCUCUUCUACCUUUAUGAACAAAGGCCUUCUGACGAUUAACAAUCACAUCGAUGCGCUCUUUUCGAUUCGGGUAAACAAAGAACGUAUGUACCGUGAACGUCACGCGAGUUCUGUAACGACAGACGAUUUGAACGUUCGCGGAAGUACACAAAAAGUUGCACAUACAAACUCAAGUUACGAUGUGCGUCGUGCACAUUAUUCACACGAAGGUGGGCUGCAAUAUCGCAAGUUAGGAGCAGAAAAACACCUUUCCCCGGAACAGUGGCUCGCUACCAAGCUUAAAUAAGCUUCGGGAGUGUUAGCAACUCAACUCGAUGCACUUUUGUGUUGGGGUAUUCGUACAAAACGGAGGGCGACGCCGACACGACUUUUGGCAGCGAGGGGACUGUCUCCUGGUCGUUCUCUCUCCCCGAAUCCGCGCCACAGUCUAACCAUGUGCGGCCCCCUGGCUCUCCGAUGAGCCGCGACCACACGCCCUUGAUGCACUUUAGCGCCCCGCCAGAACGCCUGCCCGCCCGCAGCUGAUGACCGAAGUGCCUCGCCGCCCCUCCACGAGUCACGCCCGUGCCCCAGCAGGAUGUUCCAGAGGUUCGCCAGCGCCCUGUUCGGUGACGACGCCUCCGCGACACCGGAGCCGAGCCGACGCCACCGCCACGACGGGGAGGAAGAUGAGGAAGACUGGAUCCUAGUCAACUUCUUGGCUGACAGCUGCUCCAGUCAGCGCGUCGACGGCCUCUCCGGCUCCGCCGUCGGCCGGGGGGCCGACGAGGACGAGGAAGACGACGAGGACCUGGUGAUGAUCCCGUCCCCCAUGGCCAGCCCCCCAGUCCGCUACGCUUCCUGCACUUCCCUCAACUCCACGGCCGACACAGACCCGGAUGGCGGCGCCGAAGACGACGAGGGGGAGGAAGAGGAGGCGGGCGACUUCCUGCAUCUGGACGCCUCAUCUCUGGAGGAGAGCUGGUUCGUCACGCCACCGCCGUGUUUCACCGGCCGCGGGGUCCAAUCCGUCCUGGUGGAGACCAGUCCUCUGGAGAACCUGCUGAUAGAACAUCCCAGCAUGUCUGUCUACGCCCACCACAGCCCCCCCAGGCUCAACCCUAACCCCUUGCAGCGCUCCCUGGACCUGGAACUGGCCGCUGCCCCCAAGGAGAAAGGCAGGCGCUCUCUGGACGGCGUACGUCACAGGCCAGACGUGUCGUCAGUGCAGCGCCGCGCGGGCCUUCACCAGUCGGCGUGCUACGCGGCGGCGCUGUCUGCCCGCGCCGGCCUCCUGCCUCAGCGCCCGGGCCUCGCCGGCCAGCCGCUGUUAUCGCGCAACGCGCUGCGCCGCCUCAACCUGCUGCACCCGCCCAAGGCGGGCGCUACACACCUGCACCAGCCCAGCCAGCGCCACCUUAACUUCUGAGGGCCGCGCCAUCGCGUCACACAGCAAGAACCAGCAGCACGUCCCGGACGCCAUUUUAACACCCAAAAACGUCUGAUUGGGUAAAUAAGCAACGUAGGAGGCCAUUUUGUGUAUCCUCUCCUUCAUUGACUCUUCUUCCUAACAUGUCGACUCAGCGCUGUAGGUCACUUUACUCAGAGGCAGGCUCACUUUGCCCCGGCGCGCCGUGAGGACAUCAUCACUCGGCAACCAAUUAGAUGACUUGAAAACCCCUCGUCACAUUUGAGCAACCGGGAGGCGGGGUUCGAGUUACUGUAUGUUGGGGGGUGGGGUCUUUUAAUCACUGUCAAUAUAGCAUUUUGACUUUUUCCAUUUAAUUCUCUCAAGCCAAAGCCCUGUCUAAUAUAAAAGUAGUGCUUGGGCACCAUCUUGUGGCAUCUUGGUGCCAAUGAACUGUGUUACAGCAAGUUGAGUUUCAUGCUGUGCUUUAGCACCAUCUUGUGGCAUUUUAGGACCAGGGAACUAUGUUGAGUGAGUUUAGGCGCUUCAUGUAAUGCGCUGUAUUCCCAGUAUUGAAACUUCCAAAGUUGUUCACCUGCUGCGAUUAGCAAAAUUCUGCAAUAGACGCCCCCAGCUAAAAAUUGCUAAUUGCUUAUAGAGGCUACAAGAUGGUGGCAGAGCACUAACCUUUCAAUUAGACAUGGCUUUGGCCUGAACACAAAAAUUCAAUAGGUAUAAAUUGGGUUACCUGAAAAACAUAUUCGCCAGAACACUUGCAUUUCUGCUGAUGAAAGUUGUUAGGAUGUUUUUUUUUCAAAUUUGUGAUUUGAUUUGGGCUAAUGAGACUCUUUAAGAAGUUAGUGCGGCUAAAAAAAAAACUGGGCAGAGCCACUGCCAUCCUGCAAAAUGGCAAACUUGUCCACCUGUCCCUGCGGCUUUACGCAUUCCGAUGAUUUGAUAUGUGGCGACGUCAGCGUGACAGAAACCGCUGCUUUCCACACAAAUGGGGCACGGCCAGCGAGUCUCUCACACAGGUUAAAAAAAAGAUGGCCAGCGCACUUUGCUGUACUUCGUCUGCCGUAAGAUUACACUUGUAACCUUUUAAAUGCUUUUGUGUUAUGUGGGGUCUUUUAUUUUUAUUGUUUUAUGUUUCGCGUACAAGGCUUUAAUUCUAACUCGAACCCUGCUUGAAGGUGUUACGUAUCCUCACAACCUAAACUCAAAUCAGUGUAAAUAAAUAACUGAUUGUUCUUAUUGUAAAGGAAUAUUCACUCCAGCGCAUCGAGAGGGGAUCAUUUGAGGUGUAAAAAAUUUGGUCCUGCCUCUGAUAUUUUGUCAUUUUCACAUUUUCUUCAACGUAAAAAGUGGAGGUAAAAAAAAAAUAAAAAAUGGGUUAGAUGUCACUAAACUUGCCUUGUUUAACGGUAGCUUUACGAUGAAUAGAAAUGUAAGAGAAAAAAAAUGUAUUUAAAAAAAAAAAAAAAAAAAAGUCCAAAAUAUUUUUUUGAAAAGUGAAAAACAGAUUACAUAUCAGUAUGAUGACAUUAGUGCGCGUGUUUGGAUCAGUCGUGGUGGUAGAAUUGUUAGUCGGGUAGCGGAAAGAAUUUAAAGAAAAAAAAAAAAAAAAAAAAAAUGGAAAGAAAAAUUUUAUUUUUCAGAUUUUUUUGUUCUUAAAUGAAUCUGCAGUCCCACUUCUCAGGGUCACAACCAAUCACUUUUUACACGGAAAAUGCAGAUUUACUUUAUGGCUGAUGAAUUUUUUUUUUAAUUAUCAUUAUUUUUUUGUGAUACAUUUUGUGUUGGUCCCUGGACUGUUGAUUAAGACUAGUUUUCUUAUCGUUAUGUUAGCAUAGAUAAACUCUUGGUAUAACUAAACCAAAAAAAAAAAAAAAAAGGUAGCGAUGGUCUUUAAUCUUUUAGUAUGAUAUUAAGCUGAUGUUUGUAAAAGUUUUGUUGUUGGGCUUGGCGCUCUUAACAAGAUGAUGAAAAAUCAACAUUUUGAGUAAUGGUCAAAAUUGCCCGGUUUGUUCAUGGAGUAAACUGUUGUGUCAAUUAUUUUAUUUGAUUAUUAUUUUUUUUUAAACUUGUAAUUUUAGACGAUAUCAUGGAAGUGGGCAGCAAUUGACUUCCUUACCAUAUGGAGUGUAUACUAACUAUAUCCUGCCUGUAUGUACUCAUGUUGUAUUUAUGAUUAUUUCCCUAAAAUUAACAGUUAAGGGCACAUUUUAAGGGGAUGACACAACAGUCAAGGUUGACAAAGAAAUAACAAAUCAGGACUUCUGUGUCAUUUUAAAGCGCCGACAAAGGAGUCCCGAUGAACUUACUCUGGUGCAUUUGGAAGUUUUUCAUCAUUUCUUGAAUGUCAGCAAUCUUUUUUGUUUGUUUGUUUUGUCAUUUCUGUGACAGAAGGGAUUGCAGGUUAUUGUUUCGAUCAUUUCUGUCGUCAUGAAAACUAACAGGGAUUUUUUUUUUUUUUUUUUAAUGUUCAAUGCCUUGAAAAAUUGUGCAUCAUCACGUGCCUUCCGGGUUGAGAUGUUCUUAGGACAAUGCAUCGAUGAAGAACUUGGGACUUUUUUUUUUUUUUUUUCCUGUCUUUGUUUUGGAACAUUCUACAAGAAAACAAAUGACCCGAACGGAUGUCAACUAUGCACCACACUCUUUUUCGCCCUUUUUCUAAAGACUCAAAAGCAAGCAGACAGAAUCAUGUAGCAAAACCUCCAGUUUUUUGUUUUAUUCAUAAGUGUGAAAAAUAUGUGGCAUUUUUACUUGUAUUUUUUUUUUUCCACCGAGUGUUACACGUUUUUGUUUUCUUGUGUAGUUUACUGGAAUAAUACCGCACUUUGCCAAAAGAAAAAAAACAUGAAACAUAAAAAUGGUGUAAGAUUUGUAGGGUUAAGUUUUUUGUUUUUUUUAUCUACAUAUCUCUUAUGUAUUUUGUAUAUGUACGACUGUUCAAUUCACUUUGCUUGGAAAUCUGUUAUGUGGGGGUCGUCUUUUUUCAAACUGUAGUAGUUCAUACGUGUGAUCUCUUACUAGUCGCAAAAUAAAUGUUUUCAUACA